GUAUUUAUUGUCAAACAAUCUGUCCUCUGCAUGCUACAAACAGCUGACAAUCGGUUAGAAUGUCAAAUUGCAGAUAAUUUGUUUACUUCAUCUCUGCCAAAGAAUUAUUACACAACCGAAAAGCUAGUGCUUUUCUUGGUGCAAUUGGUCGCUGUUUCAAGCCACACAUUGUUCGCACAGUAUUUUGCAUUCUUGUAAACGCGACCGCAACAACACAGCCAGGAUGACUGACGCCUCUUUGCCGAUCGGGAACACGCUGUGCCUGCGGCCCUUGACGAAGGAAAACAUCUUGUACUACUACUUUCCGCUGAAGGGAAUGCUCAGCUAUGCGGCAUUGUCCGUCAACGUAAUGAAUCCCUCGAUUGCUAUCAAAAUGCUGCCAAAGCGAGACGUGACGAACUUUUUGUUGCUGCAUACCGUGCUCGGCACGACGCUGUUCAUGUACAGCAGACCGCAUCUGAAAGCAGUGCAAACCAACAAACGAGUAGCGUAUAGCAUCUGUGGAUCCGUGCUGUUUAGCUUCGGUUCGGUGCUGGUUUGGGCCGUCAUUCGAUCGGCCGUACCUCGCAAUCAGGGGCUUGCAACUGCCCUUGGUUUGUCGUCCGGUCUACUGAUGGCCAAACUUGGCUACGAUUACAUCGAGAACAACGAUAGUCUAGCGGUGGCGAAAAAGAACUAAGUAGAUUGACUUGUUUUUAGGAUCUCAACGCAAUUUACCCAAACCAAUUGGCGUUGAGCCAUUUAAUACGCGGCCCUUAACUUUGCCGCAACGGAAGCAAUCGAAAAUUUGGCAAAAUUUUGUGAAUGCUGGAUGAAUUAGUUUUGAACAUUGGGAAAAUACACGAAGAUUGUUGCUAUUUCUAUUACCUUACAAUAUGGUUGUUGAAUAUGCAAAGUUAUAGUUUCGAUUUAGAUUCGGAAUUCGCCGCAAACGUAUCACACUCCACAAACUUAUGGAACUUAUACAACAGCUUCCUUCGUUUGUGGUUAUUUGUUUGGUUUUCUCAGCUUGCCAUCG